CCGUCAUUGUAGUGUUACGCACGCGUCCGCCUUUGCACGGCGUCCGUCAUCGCCGCGUCGACAAUUCCGUACCGGACUAAUUCAAUCCGCGCGGACGAGGUUACAAUAACAACAUUAACGUAAUCGUAAUAUGUAUAGUAUAAUGUCAUCGUCGUACCUACCGAACAGCGGCUGUAGAAUAAUAUCGUUUUAACGGGACUAAAUCGCACAGUACCGCACGGCCGUCGGCGUUAUCUGUGCGUUAUCGGCUCUCGAACAAUGCGUCGUCGUAACGACCGUGUUUUCGUCGUAGAGCAAUAAAUUACUCUACAGUUUUCGUGCGUUAUCGCAGCAGUGCCGACCGAAUCGACCGCGGACAGUCGGUGCGCAAUAAUUAGUUCAGUCUGUCCGGCGGUUCCGCCGUGUCGUAAGAGUGCCGCGCCUCCGUGUACGAAUGUACGUCGCCGUAUAAUACGAACCGCAGCCCCGCUGUUCAAAAACGAAUUCGUCCGAUUUAAACGCGAUUUUUUCGUGUGUUUUUUUUUUCUCUAUUAUUUAUUCACGAGCGGCCGCCGACAAUGGCGUUGUAAAUUAUAUCACUAUGACCGGGCAGCGAAACACCCGUAAUGGAAUAUCAAAAAUUACUACGGUCUUCGUCGCGGCCGUCGACCAGCACGCCUCUGACCAAGGCGGCCACGUACGCGGGCUUUACGGGACCACAGAACGUCCGAUGCCGCCGCCGACUGGUUUACGACGACGAUUUCGGCGACGGAGACCAGCAUCUGCAGCACCUCGACCGGCACAACAACAACAACAAUAGCAACAACAGCACCAACGCCGCGAUCAACGCGACGACCACGUCGCUGGUCGACGAACUAGAACAGUUGCGGACCGACAAUUUUCAGCUAAGACUGCGCGUCUACAACGCCGAACGACGAGUGGACCGGCUCUCCGCGUCCCGAAAUGGAAAUCCGAAGAAAUGCAACGACAGUAGUAGCGAUAGCGACACGGGCACCGGUAGCGACAGCACCACCGACGAUAGUGGCGGCGGCGGCGGCGUUCGUGCCGGGAAAACGGCGGUCUCCUAUGACGAUCAGGCGAUCGCUGCGGCAAAGGCCAAGGCGACGGCCGAAGCGGCCGUACGCACCAUCCACGACUUGUUGACCGUCAACAAGCGGUUACUGGCGCUGUUAGCGGCCACGGUGUCGGCUAAAGCUGUCGCGGUCUCCGCUGGCGACAAACGACGCUGGCAACGGCUGAGAAAUCACAUCGAUAAUUACGAUCAGGUACAUAUAUUAUGCAUGUAUAAUUGAUAUAUGAGGUAACUCAGGAGUGUACGCAUACUCUUCCCUUUUAUAGGAUUACGUGGAGGAAGACGAGGAAACGCGACAAGACUCGAACAACGACGAAACGGACUCGUCGACGACGACGGAUUCUGAGACGUGCAUGACCAGGCUGUCCGCGAAACGAGCAACGGCUGCCAGUGAUAAACGACAAAUACCGUCUUCUCCGCCAACCCCGACACCGGCGCCCGCACACAACGAACAUCCCGCCGCGGACAACGAUAGUCCCGGUAGCGAAUUGGCAUGUUUACGGGCCCGGUGCCGACGGUUGGAACGGUCUCUACAGCAGCUGGUCAACACCGAACUGUGGGCCCGGAACCGGCAGAUCGGAAAACUCGAACAGCAACGGUACGUUACGCAGGUGGCCGAUGCCGCGGCACAACGAGAACGGCAACAAAUGAUGGCCGCCUCCGCCGUCCCCCCCGACCAGUCCUGUUCAAAAGCCGCGCCAACCGUAACUUCGCCGCCCGUGACAAAAGGAAUACUGGUGAAACGGUCUCCCGUUACAGGAACGAAAACUCCGCCGACGGCCGAAGCAGCGACCGCCGCGGGUACCGCGGCGGUCAUAACGACGCCGCCACCCGUGUUACCCGAUUACUCGGAAGUGAAUUUUUUCUUCAGCUGCGACGAAGUAGACGAAGAAGACGAAUCGGAGUCGAACACUUUGUCAUCGGCAGAAGAGGAUACGAACCAAUCCGACGACGUGGAGGAAGAUGAACCAGUUCGGUUGGUGCCGGCCGCGGUCACAGCGCCAUCGGUCACAGCGGGCUCGCCGACUGUUCGCCCGCGAAAACGUCAGCGGCGCAAGGGCGGUGCCGAGCCAGUAACGGUCUUGACGACAUCGUCGUCUACCGACUCCGUGCCGAUGACGGGCGGCGGUGGCGUCACGACAACGACGACGACGACGUCUCCAACGCUGUCACGACGAACGCACCGCCGACGUCGGCGGCGACGUACAUCGAGCGGACUCGGUCGGUUCUCGAUGUGCUGCCGUUGCGGCGGUGGCGUCAAAAACAGUCCGUCAGCGAUUGGAGCCGGGACGGCUGACGCGCAAGUGCAGUGCAGCGACCCGGAGAACGGUGGCGCGGCCAAAUCCAACAAGACCGGCAACGAUCAGUUGGUAUUGUUGCGCCGUGAACUGGAUGCUAGACGGCGGGAAAACAGCCGAUUGUACGACAUGUUGCUGAGACUCCAACGGGGACGCGACCGGAGAAAAGACGACGACGACCGCGAAGGUCCGAAAUCUCCGCCAUCCGAUCCAGCCGACGCAGACGCCCGCGACGUCACUGUAGAUUCCAACUCUGACCGGGCCGAUUCGCCCGAACCGUACAGACGGGCCACCCGGGCUGUCCGCGGCCGUAUCGCUGACCUGUUGCCACCCCUGUUAUCGUCGCGGUCGGCCUCCGUCGCUCCGGCGGUGAACGCACAGCGAGGUUCAGACGAACUUUGCCUAUCCGGAGCCGACGGUGGCGCGGGUGAACAACAACAACAACAACAACAGCUGCUGCUGCUCAGUCGACUUCGGGAACGCAUAUUGGCGUACGAACGGCAAGAGUUGCUCGGCGGAGGCGAUAACAGUCGGCCGUCCUUAUCGUCAUCCGCGGCUGCGGCGUCGGAGGUGACGGAUUCGGAGGGCGCUGUCCGCCGUAUGGAUCGAGCCGCCCUGGUCAACGUCGCGCUGCCGCGGGCGGUGGAUCGGCUCCGCCGCGCCCUGGUGCCGUUGAUGCAACAGCCCGACGAACCGGCGCCGAUCGAUCGGGUACCGCAGGAUUCGCCGCUGGAGCGGCGGACGCUGAUGCAGCUGUCGGCCUCCGGUGACGACGACGACCGCCGUCGGUAGGACGACGGCCACAGGACCGCGUGCAGAUUUUACGCACGGGUGUGAACGCCGCGACUCGACGUAGUUUAUUUUUAUUAUUAAACUACGACGGUUUUUUUCUUUUUUUUUGUCGUAACAUUUUUGUACGCCCGCCGAACAUUUUAAUGCCGCGCAGUUAAACGCUAUAAAAAAAAAAAAAAAUUAUACAAUUAUUUUGUACCCACGUAUUUUUACACAUAACACGUUACACGCGUGGACAGGAAUUUGACGAAACGACAGGCACUCCGCCGCCUGUUCCUAUAACAGGUAUUUACCCGGAUCGCCAAACACCGGUUGUACGUUAUCGUCGGCGCGUGCCAAAAAUCGUUGGAAUUUUUUAUUUUUAUUUAUUAUUGUUAUUAUUGUAUUCGCGUGUUUACGUUAUUUAUUCGACCGUAUUGACUGUGUUAUAUGAUCGACUCACACCCAUAUGCAUAAUAUUGUUAAUGUACACCAGUGUGACGCAUGACGUUAAAUAACGUUUAAAUUAUAAUAUAUUUUUACCUACAUUUAAA